AUGCACAGGGCUACUGCUGCUAUCUCUCGCACCGCCAGGCAGGCGGGCAACAAGGCCGUCGCUUCGGCCGCCACUCCCCGCCGCACCCUCGCCUCUUCCUCAUCUCUCGGCAGCAUCCACGCUUCCUCCGCGACUGCGGGGACCUCUCGCCGCGCCUCUCCGUCCUCCUCCACUUCCUCCGAUGCCUGCCGCCGCUCGCUCGCCACGGUCGCCACGAACAUCCCGCUCGGCAACACGACGAGCAUCCCCAUCGAAAUCGAGUCCGAGCCUGCGACCAUCGUCACGCCCACAAGCGACAUGGCCGGGUUCGAGAUCACGGCGGGAGAGUCGUCGCAGACUACUGGCAAGUCGAGACAGGACCUUGGCAGGCCCAUCUACCUCGACGCACAGGCUACGACGCCCGUCGACCCUCGCGUGCUGGACGCCAUGCUGCCGUACUUUACGAACGAAUACGGAAACGCGGGAAGCAAGACCCACGCUUAUGGUUGGGAGAGCGAGAAAGCAGUCGAACUGGCGCGCAAACAAGUGGCCGACAUCGUCGGUGCUGACCCCAAAGACAUCAUCUUCACGUCCGGAGCGACGGAGUCGAACAACAUGGCGAUCAAGGGCAUCGCGAGGUUCUACAAGGGGAAGCGUCGCCACAUCAUCACCACGCAGACCGAGCACAAAUGCGUUCUCGAUUCGUGCCGUGUCCUCCAGGACGAAGGCUUCGAUGUCACCUACCUCCCCGUCCAGUCCAACGGUGUCGUCGACCUCAAGCUUCUCGAGGACAGCAUCCGGCCAGACACGGUCCUCGUCUCGAUCAUGAUGGUCAACAAUGAGAUAGGGACGAUGCAGCCGAUCAAGGAGAUCGGCGACAUCGUCAAGAAGCACAAGGGUGUCUUCUUCCACACCGACGCUGCUCAGGCCAUCGGCAAGGUGCCUGUCAAUGUCAACGACCUCAAGGUCGACGUCAUGUCGAUGUCGGGACACAAGAUUUACGGCCCCAAGGGUGUUGGCUGCCUCUACGUCCGCCGCAAGCCUCGUGUCCGCCUCGAGCCGAUCAUCAAUGGUGGUGGACAGGAGCGUGGAUUGAGGAGUGGAACGGUACCCGUGCCUCUCGUUGUGGGUUUGGGAGAAGCAUGCAGGUUGGCGAAGAAGGAAAUGGCGGCCGACUCGGCGCACAUCCGCCGUCUCGCCGAGCGUCUCUACAACGGCAUCACGGCCGAGCUCACGCACGUCGUUCGCAACGGAGACCCGGACGGAUACCCCGGAUGCACCAACCUCAGCUUCGCGGCGGUCGAGGGAGAGUCGCUCCUCAUGUCCAUCAAGGACAUCGCCGUCUCCUCCGGUUCCGCCUGCACCUCCGCCUCGCUCGAGCCGUCGUACGUACUCCGCGCGCUCGGCGCCGAGGAAGACAUGGCGCACUCGUCGAUUCGCUUCGGUAUUGGGCGCUUCACCACCGAGGAGGAGGUCGACUACGUCGUCGAGAAGGUCAUCAAGAGUGUUCAGCGCCUCCGGGACCUCUCACCGUUGUGGGAGAUGCUUGAAGAAGGCAUUGACAUCUCCCAGGUGGAUUGGACUCAACAUUGA